GCGUCAAAAAUAUUUUCAUAGAAAACUUCAAAAAAGGAGAUGAAGUUGGAGCAUCUGUUGCCAUCUAUUACGAUGGUAAUUUGGUAGUGGAUUUAUAUGGUGGAUAUGCGGAUCUCGAAAGUGGACGGGUGUAUGAUGAAAAUACUUUGCAACAC